AUGCUCUUCGCACAGCUCGUCAUAUUAGUCGUCAUUGUAAUGCUUCUCCUCUGUCGAUUUGCAAAUAAAAUCAGAGGAUUACCACCCGGUCCCACUCCAUGGCCUUUCAUUGGCAACACAUUUCAAGUUCCCGAGGAUCGAAUCGACAUCAUCAUAAAUGAGUUCAAAAAGAAAUAUGGUGGAAUAUUCACUCUCUGGUUACCAUUCCCAACUGUUGUCAUUUGUGAUUAUGAUAUGUUGAAACGGAACAUUGUUCGAAACGGAGAAGCGUUCUCUGGACGUCCGGAUACAUUCAUAAUGGAUAUGUUGGUUCAAGGAAACUACGGUCUUUUCUUCAUGGAAAAUAAUUGGUGGAAAGCUCAACGCCGCUUCACCACACAUAUUUUCCGUUCUCUUGGAGUUGGUCAAGCUGGAACACAGGAUACAAUUGCUUCGUUGGCUUCUGGAUUGGUUGAAAAAAUUGACAAUCAGAAGGACAGUUCCAUUGAAUUGAGACCUCUUCUUGUGCAUGUAGUUGGAAAUGUGAUUCACAAGCACUUGUUCGGAUUCACUCGGGAAUGGAAUGAGACGGAAAUUCUUGACUUCCACGUGGCAAUCAACGAUGUACUAGAACACUUCACCUCACCCAAAACUCAACUUCUAGAUGCUUGGCCUUGGUUGGCUUAUCUUGAUAAACCAUUGAGCCUUGGAAUUCCAAGAACCACAAGAGCCAAUGAUGCUAUUAUUCAGAAUUUGGAACAGGCUCUUGCAAAACAUAAAUCAGGAAUCAACUACGAUGAAGAGCCAUCCAGUUACAUGGAUGCUUUUCUGAAAGAAAUGAAAAUCAGAGCUGCCGAAACUGCAUUGGAAGAUGGAUUCACAGAGAAACAACUGAUUGUUGCGAUUUACGAUUUGUAUUCUGCUGGAAUGGAAACUAUCAUCAUCGUUCUUCGAUUCGCAUUCUUGUAUUUGAUUAACAAUCCGGAGACGCAAAAACGAAUUCAUGAUGAACUGGAUAAGAACGUUGGAAGAGAUAGACAAGUCGUCAUGGAUGAUCAGAAACAACUUCCAUACACCUGUGCCUUCCUGCAAGAAGUCUAUCGUCUCGGAUACGUUCUCCCAGUUAAUUUCCUUCGAUGCACACUCGUAGAUGUUGAGGAUUGUGAAGGAUAUCGUCUGCCAGCUGGAACCCGUGUCAUUGCUCAAUUCCAGUCUGUUCAUGUCGACAAGAAACACUUCCCAGAUCCAGAACAUUUUAAUCCAGACAGAUUCCUUAAUGAACGCGGCGAAUAUAUUCGUGACGAUCGUAUCAACCCCUUCUCAAUGGGAAAACGGUCCUGUCUAGGAGAGAAUCUUGCUCGUAUGGAAGUCUUCCUCUACUUCUGCACUCUCAUGCAAAAAUUCGAAUGGCAUACUGACGGUGCAUUCGCUCCUCCUAUCGACGUCAUCACAUCCUCCCUACGUGCACCUAAACCAUUCACAAUACGCGCUUCUAGACGGUGA